GCUGUCAAGACGUCAGGUUGGGUGUGAAGUUGUCGGCUGUGCGGCUUUGUUCGUUUAAGUUUAUUGUCGAAAGUAAAGUACAGGUACUGAUAAUUAUCAUCAGUAAUCGACUACUAAUAAUUUGAAGAUGGCUGCUGUGGAGGUUGAGAGGAAUACUGUGGAGAACAAUAUUAGAACACUCCCAUUGUCGGGCCACGUCGGGUUUGAUAAUCUUCCUGACCAGCUUGUCAAUAAGAGUGUUCAAAAUGGCUUCAUCUUCAACAUUCUCUGCAUUGGAGAGACAGGCCUGGGAAAGUCUACGUUGAUGGACUCAUUGUUCAACACCAAUUUUGAGUCGACCCCCAGCCCUCACACUUUACCUUCUGUCAAGCUUAAAGCUCACACUUACGAACUCCAAGAGAGCAAUGUUCGGCUAAAGCUGACAAUUGUAGACACCGUGGGCUACGGAGAUCAGAUCAACAAGCAGGACAGCUUCAAGGCCGUGGUGGACUACAUCGACACUCAGUUCGAGGCUUAUCUGCAAGAGGAGCUGAAGAUUAAGAGGUCACUGAGCACAUAUCAUGACAGUAGGAUCCACGUCUGUCUGUACUUCAUCUGUCCCACUGGCCACGGAUUGAAAUCCAUUGAUCUAGUCUGUAUGAAGAAACUCGAUACCAAAGUUAACAUCAUACCAAUUAUUGCCAAGGCUGAUACCAUAUCUAAAACAGAGCUCUCUAAAUUCAAGACAAAAAUUAUUCAAGAGCUGACAGCCAACGGGGUAGAAAUCUACCAGUUUCCUACAGACGACGAGUCCGUCUCUGAGAUCAACACGUCCAUGAACUCUCAUGUUCCGUUUGCCGUAGUCGGCAGCACAGACUUUAUCAGAGUUACCAACAAAAUGAUGAGGGCUCGCCAAUACCCCUGGGGUACUGUUCAAGUGGAGAACGAGUCUCACUGUGAUUUUGUCAAGCUACGAGAGAUGCUCAUCCGAACCAACAUGGAGGACAUGAGGGAGAAGACGCACAUCAAACACUACGAGCUCUACCGGAAGAAGCGGCUUGAGCAGAUGGGGUUCACAGAUGUGGAUGCAGAGAACAAGCCCAUCAGUUUCCAGCAGACAUUUGAAGCCAAGCGGAACAACCAUAAGCAGGAGUUGCAGCAAAAAGAGGAUGAAAUGAGACAAAUGUUUGUUAUCAGGGUGAAGGAGAAAGAAGCUGAACUCAAGGAGGCAGAGAAAGAACUUCACGCCAAGUUUGACAAACUAAAGAAGGAGCACACAGAGGACAAGAAGAAGUACGACGAUGCUCGGUCCAAGUUGGAGGACACGAUUGUGGAGUUCAACCGUCGUAAGUCUCAGUUGGCUCAGCUCGGCAGCAGUCACCACACACUGACGCUGGGGAAGAGUAAGAAGAAAUGAGAUUCCUCAAGCCACCGCUAAAGUGUGUGGCCUACGGUGAACAAGCGAGUUCAGUGUUGAAGUGAAGGCAGACAAUAGGUCAAGGCUCAAUUGAAUGUCUUUUACUCUGCAAAACAUCCAGGAGAAUAUUUGGUUCUAACUGCUGUUAUGUUGGAAGCUGAGUUGGGAUCCUUGAAGUUAAAUGCUUUUAUAAGUGUAUAAUGCAGGAUGCCUGUUUAGUGGAUGCAUAUUCUCACACAUAAGUACAGGGUGUUUCAAAAUGAAAUAGCAGAUUAUGAUUAAUAUACAUGUCAAAUCUGCUCUUUCAUUUUGAAACAUCCUGUAUACACAAAGUUGAUCUUUUUUGUUGUGCAUUGAUGCUUAGGAGGCUUCAUGAUCUUUAAAAGUCUUGUACAAAAUCUUGUUUUAUCUUUGCUCCAUUGCUUUCUUCUUGUUUCCUUUGUUUCUUUGCUAUGCUUUUCCUUUUAGCGAAUUUCCCAUUUAUAUAGGGAAUAAAUCUUAUCAUUAGGGAAUAAUUGAAUGGAAACCUGAUCAGGCAAAUAGUAAUUUGCUUAGCCUGCAGGUUUGCUACGGCAGGGGUAUUCUGAUUGUGCAUAAGCGCUUAGGAGGCCUCCUGAUCUAGAAAGGGGUUGCUAGAAAGGUUGCUUGCCCAAAACCUCUAAACCGGAUUCGUUUAUAAGGUGUACAGACGCCUCAGCUUUAGCAGUUAAAUCAAGCAACCUGUAAAGAUAACCAUAUAAAAAAGAAAAGAAACACAAAGAAACGAGAGGACAAUAGAAAAGCGUGAGGUGAAAGCGAUGGAGCAGGAAGGAAAAGAGUCCGGAGGCUUUAGAAAGAUCAUUAAGUCUCCUAAGUACACCAAUGCAGGAUAAAAAAGAUCAAUUUUGUAAGUGUAUACAUUUAUGUGUUGCAUAUUGAAAAGAUUCACCCACUGUACAGGUUAGCCUGUUCAAAACAAAAACUGAUUUUGGCUUAGAGCCCUUCACGAACAAUUUGCACAAGCAUUAAGUAGAUUCAGAUGUUGACCUUGAUCUAUUUACUGGUUUUACUUCUAACAAAAAUUUCGUCAUUGUCACUUCCUGAAAUAUAUGCUUUUGAAGUUCCCAAUCAACAUUUCUGUCCAAGCCUUUUAGAGAAAUCUUUUACAUAUUUUAUAAACAUCUUCAAAUCAAGUUAACUUCUACGAUGGCCAUAGAUCAAACUCAAAAUCUUUAUUUGUCUGUGUGACAAUAGCUCACGCAGAACGAAAUCAGCUAAAAAUGUAAAUUAUGUUAACUGAAGUUAAACGUAAGAAUAAAAGUAAAAGUGUUAAGAAACUGGUAAUUUCUUUGUUGAUUUUUCAACCUCAGCGGUGUCUAGUUUCGUAUUAUACUAAGGAGUCAAUUUUGAAGAAGACUAAAAGGUUUUCCAUAUUUUAUAAGACCAGGAGGGUUUCGGUAAGAGGUCUCUUUGACACCAACAAGAACAAAACACAUGCAUUUAUAACGACAUUGUGCUAUUUGUUCCUUACACAAUUAUUUAGGAAAAUUAUUAUUUCCAAAGUUAUAUUUGAUCACUAAUAGUCAUUCAAUACAAUUUUCAAUUAACAAAAAUAAUUAUUUAAACUGUUAAGACUGCUACUUUACAAGUACAACUAAUCUUUGACAUUUUGGUGAUUUGUAGUAAAUUUUAAACACUAGUGUUUUAUGAUUCAAAUUAAUAGCUUAGAUCGUAUAGCUACUACUACAGUCAGAUACUUAAGCUGGUGAUAUUCUAGAUCUUUGCAUUUAAUUGUUUUUUGGCUUCGCGAUGCUAUUUAAAGCCUGUUCACCGUAGUAUGAGUCAUUCCAGUCUGGUCUGCUAUGAUAGUUUCUUAUGUUUUGAAUGGUUUAGCAAGAUGGGAGGGUAAAAAAGUCUUACAAUUUGGGGAAAAUUACUUCUAAGUUUUUUCCUGAAGUAAUCUUAACAACCCUGAACGGUUUUUACAAUCCUAAAACUUUGAUUAUGUAAAGAUUUAUUUGAUUUAAGAACAUUAUACACAAAAUAAUCCCCAGGAGUUUAUUCCCAAAAACUCUAAUUGUCUUCCAUAAUCCCCUUAAUUUCCGCACAAAAACCUCCCAUCCAGCGUGUGCUAUAUUGAGUUAGUAUUAUGUAUUCCAGUAUAUAAUUUAUAUAUUUAUAAGAGUAUUUAUUUGGUUUGUCGUAAUACAAUUUGUAAUAAAGUAAUUUAUCUCUG